GGUCAGUUCGAGAUUAUCCAACAACUGACCCAACCUGAUCCAGUUGCCCCCUAAUUUAAAUUGUGUAGCGCUUUAGAAACCUCAUCACAAAAAUGGGUUUGAUUUGGAUCAUAAUUGUUCCUCUUCUUGCUCUUGCACUUCUCUUCCGACCAUGGCUAUUGAGGAACAGCCACAAGAAACUGCCUCCUGGUCCCAAAGGGUUUCCAAUUCUGGGUUGCCUUCACUUGUUAGGAAAGCUUCCCCACAGAGAUUUUCAUCGUCUGUCUCAAAGAUACGGACCAAUCAUGCACAUGAAACUUGGUCUUGUUCACACCAUUAUCGUCUCUUCCCCUGAAGCUGCAGAGCUGUUCCUCAAAACCCAUGACCUUGUUUUUGCCAGUCGCCCACACAGUGAGGUCAUCAACUAUAUAUUUCAUGGUCAAAAGGACGUUCUAUUUGCUCCAUACGGCUCUUAUUGGCGCAAUAUGCGCAAAACGUGCACUCUUGAGUUGCUUAGCAGCCACAAAAUCAGUUCUUUCGAGUCAGUGAGAAGGGAAGAAGUUGGCUUAUUGAUUGAGGAUCUUCGAGAGGCUGCAAAAAGUGGUGUGGCUGUGGAUCUUACUUCCAAAAUCUUCUCUCUUACUUUAGAAAUGACCUGUUUGGUGAUCUUUGGAAGAAAAUAUGAAGGGGAAGAAGUUCAUGGGAGGAGUUUUAAAUGGCUGCUGCGAGAGGCCUCGCGAUUAGGAGCAGCUCCUAACUUGGCGGAUUUCAUUCCUUGUAUUGCACCACUUGAUCUUCAAGGGUUGAAUCGUCGAGCAAAAUUUGUUAAUAAAGUACUUGAUGGGUUUCUAGAGAGCAUCAUAGAUGAACAUCUUCGUGAAUCUAAGAAUCAUACCAAGGAUUUUGUAGAUGCCAUGUUGGACAUUUUGGGCUCUCGAGGAACUGAGUAUCAAAUCAAUCGAUCCGACAUCAAAGCCGUCAUUUUUGACAUGGUUCUGGGGGCAGUAGACACUUCGGCCACCACCAUGGGAUGGGUACUAUUCGAGCUCAUCAAACAUCCACAAGUAAUGAAGAAAUUACAGGAAGAAUUAGAAAAUGUCGUGGGUUUGAAUAGAAAGGUGGAAGAAUCCGACUUGGGUCACAUGAAAUACUUGGACAUGAUAGUUAAAGAGACUCUCAGGUUGCAUCCUCCCGGUCCAAUAUUAGCUCCACAUGAGUCUCUUGAAGAUUGCACAAUCAAUAACUUCUUUAUUCCUAAAAGAUCACGUAUAAUAGUGAAUGCAUGGGCAAUUGCACGAGACCCAAGUGUCUGGACUAAUGCAGAAAAAUUCUUUCCUGAGAGGUUUAUUGAUAGCAAAGUGGACUUAAAAGGAAGAGAUUUUCAACUAAUUCCAUUUGGAGCUGGUCGAAGAAGUUGUCCUGGAAUACAUAUGGCUCUAAUUGUAGUUCACUUAAUAAUAGCUCAACUUGUACAUUGUUUUGAUUGGAAACUUCCAGGUGGUAUAUUGCCUACUGAAUUGGAUAUAACGGAAGAAUUUGGCUUAACUUGUCCUAGAGUUCAAGAUCUUAUAGUUACUCCUAUCUAUCGCGGGCUGUCGAGUCGAACUCAAGGUGGGCUGCUUUGACGAUGAUUGCAUGUGGCUGUUUCGUUGGUUGCCUUUCGAAGAUGAGAAAUAGUCUGGCAUGCAUAGUCGCGGCGUCUUCGUUAGUAAUGAUUUUGUUGGUAACUUGCUCAAGAGCUCAUUAGGUUAAGAAUGUUGUCAUAUCUUUGGUCUUUGUGGACACUAGUAAGAUUUAUAGGUUGGAGAUUUUACAUAUGUUAUAGGUAGGUGUUCCACAUUUUGAUGUACUGUGCUAGAAAAAAAGAAAUCUAAUAAAGCAUAGUUCAAUGUGUUAAAGGCACUUAUAUCCGACUUAAA